GCAUAAUAAAAUGACGCACAUUUGAAGCUUGAUGGCAACCGGAGAACUACUAAGUGUUUGCGGUUGUAAAGGCAUAAGAACAUGUCUGAGAUGUGAAGACGGAAAGUCUGAACAACAUUUACUACAAAAGAAUGACCCGAUACGUUACGAUUUCGUCUAUGAUCCCGUAAUAAAGUCAGCUGUCCGGGAGGAGAACGGUGUUCGACAGUCCUUUCAGUUCCCUGGAGUGUUUUUGUGGGAGAGUUUUGUGUCAGCAGAUGAAGAGAGAGAGCUGGUCGCUGCAAUGGACGAAAAUGUAUGGAGGCAAUCUCAGUCAGGCAGACGGAAACAGGAUUUUGGGCCAAAGGUGAACUUCAAGAAGCAGAAGGUCCGUGCUGGGGACUUCACUGGCCUUCCUGCUGUCAGCUGUUGCCUGGUGGACAGGAUGAGACAGAAACCUCUCUUAGCUUCCUUUAAACCAGUAGAACAGUGCAAUUUAGACUAUGAUCCAAUCAGAGGCUCUGCUAUUGACCCACAUUUAGAUGACAGCUGGCUGUGGGGAGAACACUUGGUCACUAUCAACCUGCUGUCCAACACGGUUCUUACAAUGAGUUUAGAUCAAGGAUGGGAGGACAUGGACACAGGGGAGGUGAGAGUGGCUGUUCAUCUACCUCGGAGGUCUUUGGUUGUACUCUUUGGAGAGGCUCGGCAUCGGUGGAAACAUGCCAUCUGCAGAAACGACGUUCACGGUCGCAGAGUAUGCAGCACCUUCCGAGAGCUCUCUGCUGAGUUUCUGCCCGGAGGAGAACAGGAAAAGCUGGGCUCCGAGUUGCUUGAUAUAGCACUGAAAUUCAAGGGUACACCCCUAUGAACUGCCAAUGCAUACAUAAGUGAAUGUAUAAUCUGUUUCAUUUAACACAAUUUGUAAAGUAAUGGUUUUUAAUCUUAAUUUAAAUAAACACUAUGCUGUAUUGUACUCUAGAGAUGUU